GACGACAUUGACGGGAACACGCACGUAACUUAGCUGUCAGUAGGAAAUGCGGGCUGCGGGUGUUGGAUCCGUUCCUGCCGCUGCGCUUGGAUAAAUUAAAACAAAGAAUGUACUUUUUCUUUUAGAAUGAAAACGGUUACUUAGAAGGUUACUUGAAUUUUGUGAGAAUAAUCGCUGCAGGUCUAACCGAUGUAACCGAAACAUUCAGCUAGCUAGCUAGGCUAACAGACUGAUGCUAAGAGUUAACAUUAGGCUAAGCUAACUUAGCUAGCUGAUAACUUAGCUAGCUAGCUUGCCGAUUGCAGGGACGUUUGCUCUUCCAGGUCCUCACCCAGUUCAGCGGUUCCAGCCCCGGUGUCGCUUUUUUUGUUUUCAUUUUACAGAGGUGGUUUGCGGAACCGGAGCUGUGGCGGGGGGGCGUGCGAACCCCCUGGCUAUCCAGGCGGACGGGUCGCAGUGACAAGCCGGUGGUGGGAGAGAUCAGAGUGGAACCAUGGCCGAACUCUCCACCCUAUCCCCGUCGCCACCUACAUUGGGUGAUCCUCAUGCAGCUCCAUCCAUCCCUCUGUCCUCAUCAGCCCUCCCUGCUACCAACAACCCUGCUCCAGAGUCUGCCAGGGAGGUACACAUGCCCAAGUCUUCCCUCUACAAUGACAAAGCUUUAACUGGAAACACCACUGCAGCACAGUCUGGGGGUUCAUCUUUGACUCCCCACCCACCCUUGAGUCCUCCCAAACUCAUUGCUCAGACUACUCUCACAUUGUUGGUACAUGAUGCUGUUCCUCAGGGAGAGGAAUCAGCAGGGAAAGAUGCAGAGAUUGUUAUUAAGCAGGAGACUAUAACCAGAGACCCAGCAGCUGCAGAGCUCUUGAAUACUAAAACAGAAACCCCAGUACUGUCAAGUGACCCAUCACCUCAGAGUGAAGUGCAACAUGCAUCCCCCUCUCCUGAUCUCAACCAUGGUCCUAAUCUCUACCCCAAUGUGCACGUCACCCACAAUCCAAAUCCUGUCAUGGAUGACGGUCAACUUACAGCAUACCAACCCCAAGCCGCUACAGCUUCCAAUUUCACACCUGCUCCUCCUGCAUCCACUGAUGUGGCAGCAUCAGCAUCGGCUGAAGAGGAGACACCACAGCCACUUCAACAAGCACAAAGUCAGCCUCCUCCGCUCUCCCCAAAGCCUGACAAUGAAGCAAGGAAAGCAGAACUGCCCUGCACCCCUACCAGAACCGAACACCCCAGUCCUACUAUCCCACUGAUCCACGAGCCUGCCUUCCCGAUACCCAAACCCCGGCCGGCCCCUGACACCCUCAGCUACCUAGAGUCAGCCAGCCUGAUGUCUGGGACAUUGGAGUCUCUAUCUGGGCUGGGAGAAGAUGGCAGCUCUGUGGGCUCAGACUCUGAGAUCAAUGGCCUGACUGUCAGACGCACUGAUAAAUAUGGCUUCCUAGGUGGGACUCAGUACAGUGAAUCAGGUGAAAAAGAAAUUCGAGUUGAAGUCGCAAGACAGAGAGAGGUAAAAUGGCUUGAUAUGUUCCACAACUGGGAUAAGUGGAUCAAACAUCGCUUCAUGAAGGUGAAGUUGCGCUGCAGGAAGGGGAUUCCAUCUUCUCUCAGAGCCAAAGCCUGGCAGCUGCUGUCCAACAGCCAAGAGCUCCUAGAUGCCAACCCUGGGAAAUUUGAUGAGUUGGAGAGAGAGCCGGGAGAAGCUAAAUGGCUUGACAUUAUAGAGAAGGAUCUCCAUAGACAGUUCCCUUUCCAUGAGAUGUUUGCUGCCCGUGGUGGUCAUGGGCAACAGGAUCUGUACCGGAUCCUGAAGGCCUAUACCAUCUAUCGGCCUGAUGAGGGCUACUGCCAGGCCCAGGCUCCAGUGGCUGCAGUGCUGCUCAUGCACAUGCCUGCUGAGCAAGCUUUUUGGUGCCUCGUCCAGAUUUGCGAGAAGUACCUUCCUGGCUACUACAGCGCUGGACUGGAAGCGAUCCAGCUAGAUGGCGAGAUCUUCUUCUCCCUGUUACGGCGUACUUGUCCCAUGGCAUACCGUCAUCUUAAGAAGUUCAAGAUUGACCCGAUUCUCUAUAUGACUGAGUGGUUCAUGUGUAUCUUCUCACGCACUUUACCAUGGGCCAGUGUACUGCGUGUAUGGGACAUGUUCUUCUGUGAAGGUGUGAAGAUAGUGUUUCGUGUGGGCCUGGUGCUGCUGAAGCAAAUGCUUGGCUCUGUCGAUAAACUUCGGGAACUGCAGGGCAUGUAUGAAACCAUGGAGCGUCUAAGGAACAUCUCACCUGAUGCUAUCAGAGAGGACAUAUUGGUACACGAGAUUAUCACGCUCCCGGUGACGGAAGCCCUCAUAGAGAGGGAGUGCAGCGUCCAGGUGAGGAAGUGGAGGGAGUCCAGAGGGGAGCUGACGCACCAGCCAGGCCGCCGCCUCCACGGCACAAGGGCUAUCUUCGAGCACAAACGCCGUGCCGCCUCCAUCAGCUCUGGUGGCAGCUUCUCUUUCCUGGGAAGCUCAAUCCCUCCGCCAGGACCCCUUAGGGCCUCCUCCAGCCUCCUCUCACUCCCUGGCUUCCGCAAGUCCAGGGCUCCCUUCCAGUCCCACCCCAAGAAAGGCUCCUUCUCAGGGCCAUCAGGAAUGGAGGGCAUGCAGUAUCAGUCCCCACCUGCAGUAACAUCAAGCCCGGUACAAGGCGCCAGCCAUAAACCACCCAUUCCUCCCGGGGCAGGUCAGAGGCCACCGGCACCCCACAUUCAGAGCCCCUUAGUUGGAGCUGCGGCUGGCUCAUCACAGGAGCCUGCUCAGGCCUCAGACGUCACCUCAGCACAGGGUCAACCUACUGCUUCAGCCCCAAUACAAAGCACAGCACCACCACCCAGCAUGCUAUCCCCCUCCCCUAAGAUCGUCUCUGAGCAAAUUACUCCUACUAUCCCUUCUCCUACUGCAAACAACGCCCCCCUGCCACCAUUUCAAGAUUCAAAAAAAGAAGUGCCGCCAGCAGCUGAUGCCACAACUGGAGAGGAAGAAGGAAAGAAGAAGAAGAAGAGCAAAGAAGACAAGAAGAAGGAAAAGGAAGAUGAGAAGAAAAAACUGAAGGAAAAGAAAGAAAAGGAAAAGGCUGAAAAAGAGAGGCUCCGGAAGGAGAAAGAGAGGCUAGAAAAAGAGAAGAAGAAAGGGGGGAAGAAAAAGGACAAAGGGGGAGGUGAAGCCGAGGACAAAAAUGGAGCUACAGCAGCGAGAGAUUCGGCCUAGUUUCCCACCCUGUCAUUCCAGGAUAAUGAAAAGGAAGGCCGAACAAAAAAAGAGGUCAGGGGAACAAAAGACCCCCAGAAACAGAAAGAGUGAUUAAUAAAAAAACUGGAUUGGCUUCCUGUAUAACGCAACCUUUUGUAGACUUAAUGUAGUCCCAGGACUAUAAUGGAGAAAACUGGAUCAUGGUUUCGAUAGCACCUCGAGGGGAUUUUCGCCUCUCGUUCAAUGCUUUUUUUUUUUUUUUUUUUCACUGAGUUUUAGUAAGAUGGGAAACAUUUACUUUUUCAACUGGAGCAUGGACUGUGAAUCUGAAUAACAUUUCAGAAGAUUACAGUCGUUAUCUCUUUUAGUUUUAUUAAAUUCUUGUUUUAUUUUUAUUAUUUUAAUCGGAUUGAUGGCUGUGGUUAGAGGAACCUUGACUCAAAGGAUUGUUGAACUGAAGGUUUGCAGAAAUAGUUAUGGUGCCAUAGAUUAUGUAAAUAUAACAUCUACAGCACAUAGGAUCUUGUUAGCGCUCAAUAUGCCCCAUCAGUUCACGUUUGUGGACAGGUUAUCUGGAACAAAAAGAAAAUAAAACCCUUCACACAGUUGUCUCUGAUGCAGGCACUAAAGGCAGAAAUGCUAGCAACGUUGUUGAGGAUGUAUUUAUUGUCAUGUUAAAUGUUGUGAGUGAGGGUGUGCCUUAGUAGUGUAGUGUAAUGUGUUAUGUUCUGUGCGUGGUGUCCCUGUUUUCAGAAUCCCUCUGCCUGCUUUUUAAACCAUCAUUGAAUCGUGUGUGGCUCUCCACCCAAUUCUUCUGUCAUUGGUAUAAAUCUGAUGGAGGAAAUGUACACAGAUAAAAAGAGGGAGAAAUUUAAAAAUACAACCAGACACCAUGCACUGGUGGCUGUUUUUUAAUGGUCUGUUUAUGUGUGUUGUUUUGUCACUGUUUUAAUUUCAUGCCUCAGUGUAAACUUCUUGUCUGAGAUGGAUUUUCGCAAAAGGUGGAAACAACAUUAUUGAUUUACUUGUCGAGUGAAAAUAUGCAGUACCUAGCGGUGACCGCGCAGAAGUCCUGCAGACCAAAUGUCCAUCUGUAAAAUUAGUAUUGUUUUGCUUUUGAUGAACAAAAUCCUACAUAUGUAUUUUAUUUAGCCAAAUUUCAGUAUGGGAAAGAACUUAAGUUCAUUAACCCAUUAGAAUGUGAUUUUUAAGUAUCUUAAGAGAAUGAAGGAUGAUUUUUGCACUUGUGAUUUUUGUCACAAAGCACCACUGAAGUCGACCACUCCGUUAGUGUUGUGACGUAGAAAACGAGGGUCUCAACAGGCCGGUUUCAUAUUUUGAAAUCCAUACCUUGAGGACCUAUAGGAAGCCACUUGACUGGAGGUGCCAGGUGUGCCAAUGUAGCAUUAACCUCUGAUCUUUGACCGUUGGGCUCUGUUGUAUUUAUGUACAAAGUGGUUAACUUAAUCAAAUAUAGUAUAUUAUGAAUUCUUAUUCUUAUUAUUUUGGAUCUGACUAUUUUUCUAUGUGAGUAAGAGACACCUGGUUGACUGGAACGAUGGCCGACUACACACGGUGUAGCUGCAGUGGGAUCAUAAGUGUUUUUAAUGUCUUUUAAUUUUUUCUUUGCACGCCAAGUCCUCUGCUUUUACGCAACAAACUCAUUGCAUGUCUUUGCUAUUAUUUAAGUUUACUGUUGUUGGUUUGGUCAGCUAUAGGUUCACGAGUCUCCAGUUUACUGAAGUGCAGUAUUGAAACAGAAAGAGGAAAAAUGGGCCUCCGACAGAAUAAACGGUGAGAUGACUGAUUUCGACAGAAUUUUUGGGAGUUGAAGGUCUUAAUACUACUGUAUAAAUAUACUAAGAGGUGAUUUAUGAGCUUUCAAUAGUUUGUUAAUUUGAGAUCUUAUGUCUGUCUCACUAAGUUGUGUUGUAACAUUCAUAAUGACUUAGACUUAUCUCCCUAAUCUAUUUACACUCAGUGUCCUGUACUGUAAAAUAUUUAUGCAUACAUUAAAACUGCACUGAACCCCAUCAGUAUACGAUGAAUAGUGCCAGGUAGUUAGUGUAAAACCAUUUGAUGGCAAAAAAAACAUUGAUGCUCUUUAACUGUACUGUUUUUGUAGUUAAGGAUUAGAGGGACUUUCGUGUAAUUGUAGCCAACGUGUCCUCCAUAUUCAUGCUUUUCACUUAUUUCCGGUCUUUACAUGGUUGUCAUUUCAAUAUAUAAAUAUCACACGCUCCCUCCCUCCUCUAAUUUGACGCCAGUGCAUUUUUGAGGCACAGAUUUGUAUUGGUGAGGAUAAACUUAAACUGAACACAUCUAUGCAAACCAUCAUGACUGUUGGUAGUGCGUGGUGAUGGCAGCAAUGUUUUCACCUCUGAUCAUGACGAUCAGAUCGGUGCCAUGGAAAGAUGAAUUUUGUGCUUCAGUAGGUCUUUUUCUGAGCACACUUUGAGGCCCGUGGACUACAAUAUUUUACGAGCAAUAUGUCCUCGCAGCUCAUGUCUUGAUGAUAAUAUCUUUUUUUCAGAGGGCUCGAGAUGUCAUGAUGAUCAAAUGAAUCUCUCGCUAGCUUGUGAUUCACUCUGUGGAAUCAGCACUCUGCAAUAUUGAUGAUAAAUUAAUUAAAUCCAUUUCUACUGGUCCUUUGUACAUUUCUGCAUUGAUCCUGAAAUUGUCAUCCUUGAUUACAUUUGAUUGGGAGUGACCCCACUGAUGCAAAUAUCUAAAGAAGCGUUUCAGCUGUUUUUCUCCCAAUACCGUUAUGUCUUGUGUGUUCUUAAGUUUACAUUUUACACUCUGGCGAAAGUGAAAUAAAAUCAUAGCUAAUUGAAUUCAUUCCUUCAGAUCUACAACUGAUGUAUUUAAUUGAUGAUGAUAAUGACAUUUGUGAUGAGUAAUAAACCAUAAUAUAUUAAAUCA